AAGUGGGCACGGCUUCACAUUGACUAUGCCGGACCAAUGGAGGGGCGCAUGCUGUUGAUAGUCGUCGACUCCCAUACCAAGUGGAUCGAGGCACUUCCCGUCAGGUCGGCGACCACAGAAGUCACAAUCGCGCGGCUUCGCGAAUUGUUCGCUCGUUUUGGCUUGCCCCAGCAGUUUUCCCAGUUCAUGACUGCCAACAACAUAACUCAUCUACACAGUGCGCCGUACCACCCACAAUCUAAUGGUCUCGCAGAGCGCGCGGUCCGCACAAUAAAGGAUGGCCUUCUCAAGCACUCUAUGGUGAACGAUCUCGAAACAAAACUAGCACGAGUGCUGCUAGGCUAUCGACGUACCCCACUACCGUGCGGCAAGUCUCCACCAGAAAUGCUACUGAACUACCAAAUUCGUUCACGCUUGGAUGCUUGUGUCCCUUCUCUACCUCCAAGUUACUCGCAGCCUCCCAGAUUCCAGCCCAGGGACCAGGUCUGGGUGCGCAACUUUGGCCAAGGGAGGCGUUGGCGGCCAGGCAUCGUCAAAAGCACUGAGGGUUCACGGCUGGUAACGGUCGACACUCCAGAUGGUCUAGCCAGGCGUCACUUGGACCAAAUUUUCCGUCGGGCGCCUGUGUCGCCCGUGGCCCCAAAAGCGGAGGCUCCCGACACACUUCAACCCAGCCUGGACAACAAGAAUCGGCCGACGUCAACGCGAGAAGGCCGGUCCAGUCCGGCUACUCCCGAACCAACUGGCGCCGUGCCUGUUCCUUCGACAACACCUCCAACAUCCCUUCCAGCCCAGCAGGCUCCCUGUUCCCCAAGUCCACCGGUCUUACGGAGGUCUACCCGACAACGAAGACCCGUGCAAAGGCUGCAGUUUUAAGAGAGGGAGAAGUGAUAUGAAGUGCUCGGCUAACACGUGUCAAACAUGAUUGGUUCUUUUGUGUUAAGUCAUAGGCAAGUAGCCUAUAUAUAUAUUUCGUUCUCUGAAAUAAAGG